AUGGCCGACACGCGCAAGACUGUCUUGAUCACCGGCUGCUCGUCCGGCAUCGGUCACAGCCUUGCCAGAGAAUUCCACUCCAAAGGCCUGCGUGUCUUCGCUUCCGCCCGUCGCACCGAAGCCAUCGCCGACCUUGCCGAGCUGGGCAUUGAAACCGUCGCCCUCGAAGUCGACAAGCCCGAGAGCAUACAGCAGGUGCGCCGCGAGAUUGAGGAGCUCACCAAUGGAAAACUCGACUUCCUGGUCAACAAUGCCGGCCGUAACUACACGGUGCCGGCGCUCGACAUUGAGAUGGACGAGGUGCAGCAGACGUUCGAGGUCAACGUGUUUUCGGUCAUGCGCAUGUGCAAGGAGUUUGCGCCGCUGUUGAUCGAGGCCAAGGGCACCAUUGUGCAGAUUGGCAGUUUGGCUGGCGUUAUGCCCUAUGUCUUCGGAAGCGUCUACAACGCGUCCAAGGCCGCCCUCCAUCAGUACAGCAACACUCUCCGCGUUGAGCUCUCUCCCUUCGGCGUGCGCGUCGUGACGAUCGUUACCGGCGGUAUCAAAUCCAACAUUGCCCGGACCGACCGCCAGCUUCCCGAGGACUCGUACUACAUCCCUCUUAACGAGGAAUAUCAGAGGCGCUUGAAGCACAGCCAGGAAGGUGCUAUGCCCAGCGAUGACUACGCGAAGAGCGUCGUUUCCAAGGUCCUGAAGUCCUCUCCACCGAAGUGGGUGUGGGAGGGCAACAAGUCCUGGGUGGUGUGGUUCCUCAGCAACUUCCUCCCCAAGGGCGUCAUGGAUGCUGUCUUCUUCCGCAUGUUCAACCUGUGGAAGCUCAUUGGAACAGCAAGGUCGAAGAAGACUGCGUAG